AUGGUUUCUAACAAGGCGAAGAGACAUGCAAGGGCAACAUUUUGCACGCCGGCACCAUACCAAAUUCCUGGUUCAGACGGCAGCGGAAGCAUCGUACAGCCGAUAGUGGCGUUGUGGAUGCAUACCGUUGCCGCCAGCCUACAUCCAUCAGAUGGUGCCUUCUACGCCGUGGCGUUCCCGACCAUCGAUCAAGUGACGCUUCACCGAGGCAAUGUCGAUGCAGAGUCGAACGAAUUACAAACAGCAUCCACUUUUCGUGGUUCAGGAGACCAAGAUCGCUGCAAGGAGUCGCCCUGCGUUACGAGCACCUUGUCUCACAGUACAGCAGGAGCAGAGGCAGAAUUAGAAGCAGAAGCAGAAACAGGAGCAGGAGCAUGA